AUGGCUGAAAUAGAACAGCUGAAAUCAAUUUAUGGGCAGGUGGUGGUUUCAUUGUUCUCCAAGCAUAUGAGGUUGAAACCUCUGCCUACCGAUGAAUCAUCUAAUACUGAAACGAAUGAGGAGCUGAUGUCUCAGCUGUGGGAUCUGUCCAACUGUUUAAAUGAACUGAGGAAAACGAUCCCGAGUGAUCAUAUAGACGAUUGGCGAAGACAUACUUCAUUUACGCAUCCACUGCGUUCCUUUAUUCGUAAACAUGCGAAGAGUGCCUAUAGUACGGAAUACAGUACACAAGCUUUCUUCAAAUUUUACGAAAUCUUAGUACGCUUCUCUCAUCUUUGCUUUCCCUGCAGUGAUGCAAAACACAUUAUUAGAAGUUUCCAUUUAUGCGAAUCACCCGGUGCCUUCAUCUCUGCUCUAAACGUUUAUUUAAUAUUACAGAAAAAUAAGCUUUCUUGGCAGUGGAACGCAAACAGUUUGAACCCACAUUAUGAAUGGAAUUCACCGUUUGACAUGUUCUUGGAUGAUGAAUUGAUCACAAGUACAUCUUCGAACUGGUUGUUUGGUCCUGACAACAGUGGUGAUAUACUGAAAUGGACCAAUGAAUACAUCAAUGAUAUUGCUAAAAAAGUUGGCAAAUUCUCUUUAAUAACUGCAGAUGGAAGCGUAUACUGUCAGGACAAUCCGGCAGAGCAAGAACGUAUCAUCUUUCCAUUGUUACAGAAAGAGAUUGAUAUAUCGUUGUCACUACUCCAAACAAAUGGCACAUUUAUUGUAAAAAUGUAUACUGCAUUUCUUAACGAUACUGUAACACUGUUGAAUCGUUUGCUUAUGUGCUUCCAUGAAGUACAUGUCAUAAAACCUUCCUGCAGUAAACCGGGGAAUUCUGAGGUUUACCUGCUGUGCGCAAGUUAUACACCAUGCGAACAACAUAAAGAAGGAAUAGAACUAUUUACAUCUUACCGAAAGAUUUUGUUGGAAUGUUCAAAGUUCUUUGUGGAACAUCAGAUGCAAAUGAUUUGGUUCAACAUCGCAACUUUUGGUAAAAUUGGGAAUGAUUUGAAAAAAUUUAUUGAACAGAAGAAAAUUCAAGCAGCAGGAAUCUAUGAGCAGAUGAUGACUACAUCAAAUUUUGAAAAGUUUGCUGCCGAACUUUUUUCAUCUUCUUUUACUCUCCUUAAAAGACCCAAUCCAUGGAAAUUUUCAAAGUUUGGUGGUUUCAUCGAAGGACUGCGAAACAUCACCACUGAAGAGGCGCAUAUUUUAAUUGAAAAUAUGAUGAUUUGCGAUUUCAUGAACGGAAAUAAUGUUGCAGCAGAACAGAAAUUUGACAUAUCGCUUUGUUGGAUGUGCGACUCAUGUCAGUGGGCCGGUGAUUUUUGCACUAACAAAUGCAGUUUGGAAGAGAUCCUGAAAAUAGGCGAUGCGCCAUCAGAAACGAACAUAAAACAUACACUUUUUUUAGAACCGAAGAUUUUGGCAUUGUUAAAAUGCGCUUCUCUGGAAAUUCUAGAUAUCUGUUCUAUUGUUUCUUCCUCUGCAGUUAAUGUAAGUCUUGAAAGACAGGAAAUGAUGCUACAGCGCAACUCAGAGCUUGAAAUCAGUUCUUCCAUACUCAGAUCUCAGUUUGAUUGGAUAUCAAUCCUUGAAGAAAUGUUUUUUCAUGCAUCGAAUUAUCAGGACUUAAAGGUGCAAAUAAAAAUUCCUUUUUCGUCUUUAAUGCUGACUCGCUUCACCGUCUCAUUUAUGGCAUUCUGCUGUUUGUGUUAUGAAAGUGUUGUAUUGUUGUGUCCUGAUGAGAAUUCUCAAUUGCCAUCUAAUCAGCUAAUAUGCUGUAGCGCAAUGUUAUUCAAGACGGGUCGCGUAUUUAUCGAUUUGUGCCAGAAUGUCAAUUCAGAUGUGAACACUUUUACGCAUCGAUAUUGCGUUACAAUUCUUUUAUAG